AUGUUGAACACCCCCCUCCGCCCUACCAGAGACACCCACGCCGUCGAAGAGCGCGUCAACGCCGCCUGGAAAUCCUACACCAGUCCCCCAUGCCCCCGCAUCCAAUUCGUCGAGCUCGAAGAAGAGCUCCAAACCGUCACCACCGAGCUAUCCAUGAACAUCGACGACCUCUUCGUCAUCCUCUGGCCCACGGUUAUAAACUCCACUUCUGCAGAGCGGCUGGAGCUCUAUUUGGCGGUGAUCAUCAGCAGGUUCGAGAAGAUCAAGAUGAUCAGGUUUGAGAGCCGCGCAGUACUAAAGAAGGCGACGCUCUUGGAUAAUUGUACGAGGGAGGCGGUAUCUCACUUGGGGCAGGCAAUUACGGAGUUGCAGCAUCAUAUGGAUGAGAUGGUGCGGGCGAUACAUUGA